AUGUCGAAAGCAAAGUUGAGAACGAAAAGCGGCUGUCUCACCUGUCGCAAGCGAAAAAUGAAAUGUGACGAGGUCAAACCAAGCUGUUGUAAUUGUUCCCUUUCAAAUCGAGCAUGUCUUUGGCCAUCGGUCUCUGAUUUGUACGAUCGCCGAAAUCGACGACGGUUUGAACUCGAAUCAAUCAACUCGGCGGGUGAUAGUGCCCACGGCUGCAGCGACGACCUGACUUUGGUUGACGGCAUUGGACUUUGCGCCAGUCUUCUCAGACCAUCACCACAGCUGCAAACAUCAAUCUCUUCUGAAUGCGAAAACUCGCUGCUGAACUACUACGUCGACUCUUUUCUCUCUAUCAUUCUUCUACCUACAACCCAGCCCAAGGACUACAGCGAGUUCCGGUCAUACACUUUGGUCCUUGCGCUAGAAUGUGAAAGCGUCAAACACACGAUCCUGUGUAGCAGUGCCGCUAACAAGUUCAUGCUGACGGGGAAUGACUAUUUUCGGCAAAUUUCUCUUAAGCAUUACGCCGAGGCCCUGAAAUCAGUCAAUCAAAGUCUAGCAUCUAUUGACUACUCCCGCGAGAGUUGGGCAGACCCGUUGAUUGUUAGCGUCGCUUAUUUAUACAUCUCUGCGUUCUGGGGCCCAGACGCAAAUAAAGACGCCGCCAAACACGUGGCUGGGAUGCAGCAGUUGUUCAAGCUUCGGUAUUCGACAAAGACCUCGCCGGUCAACGUUGAUCGAUCAUUUGAUCGCAUCAUGGCAGAGAGCGCACUGUACCACUCGUUUCUUCUCACCAUGAGAGAUCCUUUCGCCUCUAGUUUCCACAAUGACUGGAGUUUCUUAUCCAGUACACUGGAUCUUCUCGAGUCCCAAGUCUAUGUCGAUCCUGGUGAGGCGGCGAAAAGUCCUGUUAUAGGUGCUCCGCCUUCGAUAUACCGUUUGAUCUUAGACAUCAUUCACAUGUUCAAUUCACCCUCACGUGGCAACGCUGAGGAGCACGCAAAAAUUCGACGCUCCAUGGACUAUUGGGAACGUCUCCUUGACUCUGAUGCGUCGAUAUUUCGAGAUACUGGAUAUGGAGACGCCAUUGAGCUUUACAUACUUUCCGCGUCCCUGCUGCUCGACUGGAUAUCAGAGCUUACCCAGGUUAGUGGUCCAAUCACAUUGCUGAAUCUUUCGAUGCAUUGUGGCUCCACCACGACCGGUUUUGAUGGAGAACCAAGACUCAGAUGGCAGAUUGCUCGUGCAAUCUCAGUUCUUCGACGGCCGGACAACAAAUACUACUGGACUUGGUGCUACCUCAGCUCUUGGCCACUCACGGUGCUUGGAUAUGCAGUCGACUAUGAAGAGGGCAUAAAUCUUAUCAAGGAAGUCCUGCACGAUUCACGUUAUUGUAUCGGAUAUGCUGAGAUGGAGCGGGUCAAGAACGAGUUGGAAGGAGUUUGGCACAUCCGACAACGGAAAAGCAAGCCUCUAGUGUCCCAGCCGAUAACACAACAAUUGAGUCUGGCCCACGUCAACGGGUAG